UUUAAAUUUCUCUUGUUCUGUCUUUAACAUCCAAGAAAUUUGUUUAAACAAAUAUCCGUUCAUUAAAUUUAUAAUUGAAAUAAACCCACAGGCAUCAAAAACUUAGUUUUAAAAUGGGUAAACCAGUCUUAUAUUAUGCCACCCUAAGCCCACCCUCAAGAGCUGUAAUGCUUACAGCAGCCGCUCUUGGUGUUGAAUUAGAUUUGCGUCCAAUCAACUUGCUGAAAGGCGAACAUCUUACACCGGAAUUCAUCAAAAUGAAUCCCCAACACACCAUUCCCACUUUGGACGAUAAUGGAGUCAUAAUCUAUGACAGUCAUGCAAUUUGCUCCUAUCUAGUUGGCAAAUAUGGCAAGGAUGAUAAACUCUAUCCCAAGGAUCUAGCUAAACGUGCUAAUGUCGAUGCUCGUCUACAUUUUGAUUCAGGUCAUUUAUUUGCUCGCGGUAGAAUGCUAUUCGAGCCUAUUUUAUACUAUGGGUCGACUGAUUGUUCAAUUGAUAAAAUUUCCUACAUACAAAAAUGCUGGGAUAUCAUGGAGAAUUUCUUGAAAGACGACGCAUAUCUUUGUGGUAAUGAACUGACCAUUGCUGAUUUGUGUUGCAUAACAACAAUUACAUCGGUGGACGAAGUUGCACCAAUCAACGAAACUAAAUAUCCAAAGCUUUUGGCUUGGAUAAAUCGAAUGUCCGAAUUACCUUACUAUAAGAACAUCAAUGAAGAGGGAGCUGAAGAGGUAAAGAAACUAUUCAAGGAAAAAUUGACAGAAAAUAAAUCGAAGAAAUAAUUUAUUUAUUUUGUUCUUAAUAAUUACUAACGUACAUUUUAUUGCUCCUUAAGUUUGUUGUUCUACCCCAUUUAUAGAAAGAAAAAAAACCUCUUUUAAUUUUGAUAGGAAAUUUAUGCCAGCCACUAAAACCUCUCUUUUUUAAUUAAACACAAACUAAUGAAACUCUUAUCAAUCUCUGUUCGUUACCUUAUCUCCUCCUUAAGAUACGACUAUUGUAUCAGAAAACUUCAAUUUCAACUGACUUUAUUUUUAGUUCGUUUCCAUAAACUCGAUAAGUCUCUAUGACCAAUCGAUGGUGAAUAUAAUUUUUUUUUUAAUUUGGCAUUCCAAUUUUCCGUGAAGAAAAAAACAAUAAUUUAAUUUUAUUAUUUACUUUUGCAUUUAUUUGUAUUUUAUUAUUUAAGGUAAAAUAUAGCAAUAAAGAAGAAUGUAUCCUUCUUUCGGUCUGUGUUUCUCUUUCUAACAAGCAGGUAAAUACUUUAUUUUUGUUUAUUAAAAAAAAAAACAAGAAAACAAAAUAAUAUUAUCUAUAAACUAAAACUACUAACAUAUAUUUUUUGUAUUGUAAAUGAAACCUUUAAAUAAACAUAAAAUAGUUUCUAUCAAUAUAAUGGAAUUAUCAUUUUAUCAAACUAAUGCCUUUUAUUUAAAUUUUGAAAAACAAAACAAAAACUCAAAAGCGACUAGUUUGUUUCAAAACAUGAAGAAAAUAAAGAAGUAUAGAUUAGAUAGUAUAUAAACAAAAUAAGCA